UAUAUAAACAGACGAACAGCCGAGAAACCCACCAACCCACACGCCGCGCACGCCCCGCCGAGGCGCUGACGUCACACGCAAUUUCCGCCCCUUCGCGCUCUUCCCGACGGCCCCUUCUCCCUGCCCGCGUUUGUUUCCGGCGUUUCGAUAAAGCCCGAUUCGGUUCGAAGAAGACGCGUUCUUCCGGGAAAAUGGCGACUCCCGCUCGAGGCUCGGAGUCACCGCCGGCCGCGGAUUCGGCGCUAGAGGCGGGGCCUGGGGAGGAAGCCGAGUGCCCGCCGCCUCGCCAGCCUCAGCCUCCGCAGAAUGUCCUUGCUGCCCCGCGGCUUCGAGCCCCAAGCUCCCGAGGACUUGGGGCUGCGGAGUUUGGCGGAGCUGCAGGAGAUGUUGAAGCGCCAGGAGAGACUUUUGCGCAACGAAAAAUUCAUUUGCAAAUUGCCCGACAAAGGUAAAAAGAUCUUAGACUCUGUUGCCAAAUUGAAAGCUGCCAUUGCAGAACGUGAAGAGGUUAGAGGAAAAAGCGAACUGUUUCAUCCCAUUAGUGUAGACUGUAAGCUAAGGCAAAAAGCAAUUGCAGAAGUUGAUGUGAAUACAGAUAGGGCCCAGAAUUCUGACCAGAUACUUGAUACUUCAUCGUUAGUUCCUGGCAGUUCUUCUGUAGAUAACAUCAAGUCAUCUCAAACAACCUCACAGAAACAGGGAUUUGGACAUCCUACUCACAGAGGCGAUGAAGAGACUCCAGAGGCUGAGGGUGCAGUGAAUGAGUGUCCAGCUUCCAGGAACACAGCCAGGGCAUCUUCUUCAUCUGCAGCUAGUGAGCAUUUCCCUCAGCAUUGUGUUUCAAGUCAAGCAGAAGAUAACUCCAGCAGCUCUGACAACCUGUUUAUUGAUAGGUUUCAAAGGAUCACAAUUGAAGACCAAGGUGAACACCACUCUGAAGAAAACUCGAGUGUUGAAAAAUUGACAGGUCUUUGUAGUAGGACUCAGAAGAAACCUCACUACAUGGAAGUGCUAGAAAUGCGAGCCAGAAACCCAGUGCCCUCACCACAUAAAUUUAAAACCAAUAUAUUACCUUCCCAACACAGUGAUUCAUCUAGUCACUGUCAGAGGAGAGGGUCUCCUAUUUCCUCAGAAGAGCGGAGGCGCAGGGAUAAGCAGCAUCUUGAUGACAUCACUGCAGCUCGGCUUCUGCCACUUCAUCAUAUGCCCGCCCAGCUGCUCUCCAUAGAAGAAUCUUUGGCACUGCAGAAACAGCAGCAACAGAAUUAUGAGGAGAUGCAAGCGAAGCUCGCAGCACAAAAAUUAUCUGAAAGACUGAAUAUUAAAAUGCAUAGUUACAAUCCAGAAGGGGAGUCGGCAGGGAAAUACCGAGAAGUAAGAGAUGAAGCUGAUGGUCACUCCUCUGAUGACGAAUUCUGAAGAUGGGUGUUGGAAUUACCUCCCAUACCACCAACUCUAAGGUGUCAUUAUCUUACAUCAGACUUUCUUAACAGGUAUCAAGAUCAGUGUCAGACAUUUUUGAGGGAAAGAAUUUUCUAAAAUUACCAAAGUAGAGGCUGUUAAAGAAGCCCAGUUUGUCUUUCAAAAGAUGUCUUUCAUGUGCUUGAAAAGUUUAAUAUUUGAAUAUUGUGUUUAACCACAUUGUAUUAAAAUUUUGCA